GCUGCCAUGCAAAGACUUUUCUUCCCCAGAAUGCCGCACCGAACCCAGAUAAUAUGCGGAUUAAUUUUGGCUUCCUUUCUGCCUUUAGCUCUGGGAGACAAUGUGUUUAUCAGCAACCAAGAGGCAAUGUCGGUCCUGAAACGUUCUCGGAGAGCUAAUUCAAUAUUUGAAGAGUUGAAAAAAGGAAAUAUGGAAAGAGAGUGUAUGGAGGAAUUAUGUGACUACGAGGAAGCAAGAGAGAUUAAGGAGUCUGACACUGUGACGGAUGCAUUCUGGCGCCGUUAUCAAUCUUGUCAACCUGAAAAGAAGCCUCCAAGAGAAACCCUUGAUCUCUGUAUGUCAGGUAAUUGUGCAGAGGGAAUAGGUCAGAAUUACCUAGGAACCAUCAGCGUCACCAGGUCGGGGCGAGACUGUCAGUACUGGGCCAGUCACUUUCCACAUAGGACAAAGAUUAACCCAACGACCCACCCAGAAUACAACCUUACGGAAAACUACUGUAGAAACCCAGAUGACAACCCAUUGGGGCCUUGGUGUUAUACCAAGGAUCCGGAGAAACCUAGAGAGGAAUGUUCAGUGCCAUUAUGUGGCAAAACUGGGUUUACAAGUGAGCCAAUUGUUCAACAAGUGGCCAAAACUGCACCGAAAGAGGAGUUACCCUGUGUGCCUGACCGCGGAAAAGAUUAUGAUGGCACCCUGGCAGUCACAGUGUCAGGACUUCCAUGUCUACCCUGGAACUCACCAUCCGUGGAGGAGUACAGCCGUAAAAACUUCAGGAAAGAUGUAGUCCUGAAAGAGAAUUACUGCAGGAACCCCGACAACGAUGAUGAGGGCGUAUGGUGCUACGUAUCUCACAGCAACACAACCUUUGAGUACUGCAACUUAAAUUAUUGUGAUAGCCCUCUAGAUGAAGAACCCAUUCCUAGCCAAGCAGGCCGAACAGAUUCAACAAAACAUGAAUUAUUCUUUGAUGAGAAAAGCUUUGGCCAAGGAGAAGCAGUUUGUGGAUUAAGGCCACUCUUUGAAGGGAAGAAAAUAGCUGAUAAAAGCGAGGCAGAGCUGCUGGAAUCCUACAUCCAAGGUCGGGUUGUUAAGGGAGAGGAAGCUGAACAAGGCAGUUCCCCAUGGCAGGUGAUGUUGUUUAAAAGGAGUCCCCAAGAGCUCUUGUGUGGGGCCAGUCUAAUAAGUGACCGCUGGGUGCUGACCGCUGCCCACUGUAUCUUCUAUCCUCCUUGGGAUAAAAACUUCACCACUGAGGAUCUCCUGGUGCGGAUAGGGAAACAUUAUCGUGCCAAAUACGAGAGGACAACAGAAAAAAUUCUGCAACUUGAACGGAUCAUUGUCCACCCCAAAUAUAACUGGAAGGAAAAUCUUGACCGAGAUAUUGCACUUAUGCAGCUGAAGAAGCCAGUGGCCUUCACAAACUAUAUUCAUCCGGUGUGUCUUCCUACCAAGGAGAUUGUACAGAAGUUUCUGCAGUCAGGAUUUAAAGGACGUGUUUCUGGUUGGGGUAAUCUACAGGAAACAUGGAGCACAGGAGGACCACAGUUACCCUCAGCCCUGCAGCAAAUAAAUCUUCCUGUGGUUGAACAGGAAAAAUGCAAGAGUUCCACCAAGAUUAAAGUGACAGAUAACAUGUUCUGUGCAGGUUAUAGUCCAGAAGACAGCAAGAGAGGAGACGCCUGUGAAGGAGACAGCGGUGGCCCCUUUGUAAUGAAGGAUCCUAUCAGCAAACGUUGGUACCAGAUGGGUAUAGUGUCUUGGGGUGAGGGAUGCGACCGAGAUGGAAAGUAUGGCUUCUAUGCCCAUGUACAUCGCUUGCGGAAAUGGAUUAUGAAGAUUAUAGAGCAGUAUCCUCGUUAAUACCAUUCUUCAAAUCAAAUUUAAUUUCCCAGCAUCUGGUUCUUAACCACUUGGCUUUUCAAAGCAAUCCAACUGAACACCACCAAAUUAUGUAUUUGUGCAUAUCAAUAAAAUAUU